AUGGCCUACUCUCUCUCCACCUCCUACGUGGGCGAGUCCCUCCUCUCGGGCUUCAACUGGUUCGACAGGGCCGACCCUUCCAACGGCUUCGUGUCUUACCAGAACCGCCAGUCAGCCGAAGAGAUGGGCCUCGUAUCCGUCGACACCACCACCAACGCUACCCGCCUGGGCGUCGACCACACCAACACCUACGCCCUCGACCAGGGCCGCCCCUCCAUCCGCCUCGAGAGCAAGGAGACGUACGACCACGGUCUCUUCAUCGCCGACUUCUCGCACAUGCCCCCCUCCCAAUGCGGCCUGUGGCCCGCCUUCUGGGCCUACGGCGCCGACUGGCCUCGGGGCGGCGAGCUCGACAUCAUCGAGGGCGCCAACACGGCCCACGCCAACAUCAUCUCCGCCCACACCGCCGACGGCUGCUCCCAGGACAGCUCCCAGGACGGCCUGUACGCCGGCGACCAGCACAGCAAGGACUGCUCCAUCGGCUCCGACAACAUCGGAUGCCGCUACGACCUGCCCGACGACGACGUGACGUCGUACGGCGACUCCUUCAACGCCGUCCUCGGCGGCGUCUACGCCAUGAAGUGGGACAGCGACCACAUCAGCGUCUGGCACUUCUCCCGCGGUGAGGUCCCCGGCGACAUCUCGGACAAGAGGCCCGACCCGUCCUCGUGGGGCCUGCCCGACGCCCUCUUCGGCGGCGCCAGCUGCGACGUCGACAAGUUCUUCAGCAACAUGAGCCUGGUCAUCAACAUCAACUUCUGCGGAGACUACGGCAAUGCCGCCUGGGGCGCCGAAGACAGCUGCGACACCUACGCCGAUACCUGCUCCGAGUACGUGGCCAACCACCCGGACGCCUUCGAGAACGCCUACUGGGACGUCAACUACAUCGAUGCCUACCAGUGGAAUCACGAUGCCACCACUCCCACCCCGACUUCUACGUCAUCUUCGUCCGCCUCUCCCACUUCUUCCUCGUCUUCGUCUUCUUCUUCCUCCGGUGCCUCCUCUUCCGCUGCGACCACUUCCACCGUAAUCGCCCCCACCACCCCUGGCUCCUCCGCCACCGUCCCCGGCUCGCCGACCACGGCCGCUGCCACGGCCACGGCCACGGCCACCAACCCGGUGACGGUCAACCGCUUCUCGCACCUGGGCUGCUUCGGCUCGACCUCGUCCUUCGGCUGCUUCGACGCCACGGCCAGCAACGACGCCAUGACCGUCGAACUGUGCACGUCCCAGUGCGCCGGGCACGUGUACGCCGCCGUCUCGGGCACCGAGUGCUACUGCUCCGACGCCCUGGACGACCACACCCGCGCCGCCGCGUCCGCCGCGGACGGCACCGACGCCCAGUGCGACCAGCCCUGCCCCGGAGACGGCUCCGAGCUCUGCGGCUCCCAGUCUGACCACCUCAUGAACGUCUACGGCGCCGUCCAGGACGAGACGCGCUCCGUGAACCCCCCUCCCAUGGCCACCACCCCGCCCAAGUGGCAGGACUCGCCCGACGGCGGCGACGGAGAGGGCGUCGCCACAGCCACCGCCACCGCCUUCACCACCAUCUGCCCCCCCUCGGCUACGGCCAACAACGGCACUGCCGUCAUCACCAGCGUGCCUAUCGCCGGGGUUUCCGGUACUGUUCCUUCAUCAGUCUUGACUCUUGUUUCUGUCGCUCUGACAGGUCUGCUGUUUGCUCUCUGA